GAAAGUCCCAAUACAGUCACUGAAGUCAAUAGAAUUAUUGGAAUCUUGGGGUUGUACAAUUCCACAUCUUGCUGAAAGGCAUGUGCCACAAGAUGUCCCUUUCGGAAACCCCAUUUUUGCUCACAUCCAGAUAUGAUCACACAUCACUCAAAUAUUACUAUUCUCCAUAACACCAUUCCUCUAUCCGAUGCUAUAUAAAUACUCAUUCCAUUCCAUCCAAGAUGCUUAAGUUACCCCUGCGAAUAGCGGUCCUAGAAUGCGACACGCCAAUGGAAACCAUCACCUCCCGCUUCGGCGCCUACCCGCGAAUUUUCAGCAGCCUCCUGAAUGCCGCCGCAGACCAGCUCGCCUAUCCCGGCCUCUCGUCCAAAGAAGGACUCGAGCUCUCGGCUUGGGAUAUUGUUAAUGGAGACAAGUAUCCCGAGUUGGAGAAUAUCGAUGCGAUAUUAAUCACGGGAUCUAAAUAUACGGCGUAUGAUGAUGAUCCGUGGAUAUUGAGGUUGGUGGAGUAUACGAAGAAGGUUUUGGAUCAAAGGAGAGUGAGGAUUAUUGGGGUCUGUUUUGGGCAUCAGAUUGUGGGGAGGGCGAUGGGUGUCAAGUUGGGGAGGAUGGAGGGGUGGGAGGCGAGUGUUAUGGCUAUGGAUUUGACGAAGAAGGGACAGGAGAUAUUUGGGAAAACUGCCGUGGCUCUGCAUCAGAUGCACAGAGAUAUUGUUUUCGAGUAUCCUGAGGGAGUCGAGGAGUUGAUGUACACUGAGAAGUGUAAAGUGCACAGCAUGUACAUUGCCAAGAGGUUAAUUACUGUUCAGGGACAUCCAGAGUUCAAUGAAGACAUCAUGAAGGAGAUCAUUAGAGUUAGGCAUGGAAGUGGACUGUUUGGAAAGGAGAUGUAUGACGAUACGACGAGCAGAGCUGAUCGAUACCAUGACGGAGUGCUCGUAGCUGAAGCUUUUUUGAGAUUUCUUUUGGAGGACUAGAGUCUAGAUUAAGAGAACUGAACGGAACAGGAGCUGGCAUGUUGGACUUGCUGCUGUACUUGAAGCGUAGACUGUUGAAGAUAGAUCGAUCGAAGUCCUUUUGUCAAUGUUGCAGUUAGAAAUAAAUGCUGUUCAUUUAAAGUAGCAAAGCAAACAUCAACACUAAUUCAUU